UUUUGAGCAGUUGCACAAAGUCAAGUUGAAACAAACCGUUGAAGAGAAAAUGUAAAUGAAUUUCACUCGCCUGUGAUUUAAUGCCAAAAUGUCAUCGGAAGAGGAGGUUUGCAGCCUCACAGUUGCUCCUAGGAUUUUGCUGCCUCCUGAACAACAAAUGAUAUACUGGACUGCCUGCAAAUUGUGUGUUGCUCCAGAUUCCAGCAUCUGCAGUCUCUUGUAUCUCCAUUUUGCUGCCUCUCACUGUGGAUUGGAAUAGAAACGAUGGAGGAGCAAAGUACCUGAUCUGGCUUGGUAAGAAGGCAGACUUCACAAUCUGCUGGCGAUGAAUGAAGUUGCUGGAUCGCAGGGGCCCUAUGACUACGACCUGAUCGUGGUUGGAGGAGGCUCCGGGGGGCUUGCAGCUUCGAAGGAAGCAGCCUCAUAUGGGAAGAAAGUGCUGGUCUUGGAUUAUGUCACACCCACGCCUUUGGGAACUGCAUGGGGUCUCGGAGGGACAUGCGUCAACGUGGGCUGUAUCCCAAAGAAGUUGAUGCACCAAGCGGCACUUUUGCAUCAGGGUCUCGAGGAUGCCAGGAAGUUUGGCUGGACAUUUGACGAGCAAGUCCGCCAUGAAUGGGCAACUCUGAGGGAAGCCAUUCAGAAUUACAUAGGCUCCCUGAACUGGGGCUACAGAGUUUCCUUGAGGGAGAAUGCUGUUACGUACGUGAAUGCUUAUGGAGAAUUUGUGGAACCUCACAAGAUCAAGGCAACAAAUAAAAAAGGAAAGGAAACAUUUUACACUGCGGAGACCUUUAUCCUAGCCACUGGGGAGAGACCUCGGUACCUGGGGGCUGCAGGUGAUAAGGAGUAUUGUAUCACCAGUGAUGAUCUGUUCUCACUACCCCACUGUCCUGGAAAGACUUUGGUGGUUGGAGCUUCCUACGUUGCCCUAGAGUGUGCGGGAUUUCUUGCGGGACUUGGGCUGGAUGUGACGGUGAUGGUUCGUUCUAUCCUCCUGCGUGGAUUUGAUCAGCAAAUGGCAAACCUGAUCGGGGACUACAUGGAGUCCCAUGGAGUCAAAUUCAUUCGGCAGUUUGUACCAUUUAAGAUAGAACAACUUGAAGCAGGAACUCCAGGGAGGUUGAAAGUAACUGCUCGAUCUACAGUGGGUUCGGAAACCAUUGAAGGGGAAUAUAACACAGUAUUGCUGGCAGUUGGGAGGGAUGCCUGUACCAAAAACAUUGGCUUGGAUAAAGUGGGAGUAAAAGUCAAGGAAAAGUCUGGUCGGAUUCCUGUCAAUGACGUUGAACAAACAAAUGUACCGUACAUUUAUGCCAUUGGUGACAUAUUAGAUGGCAAAUUGCAGCUCACCCCAGUAGCCAUUCAAGCUGGCCGCUUGCUUGCUAAGAGGCUAUAUGGAGGAUCUACUGUCAAGUGUGACUAUGUGAACGUACCUACCACUGUCUUUACUCCCUUGGAAUAUGGAGCCUGUGGUUUUUCAGAAGAAGCAGCUUUGGAAAAGUAUGGAGAGGAGAAUGUGGAGGUAUAUCACAGUUACUUCUGGCCACUGGAAUGGACAGUCCCAUCAAGAGAUAACAACAAGUGUUAUGCCAAGAUUAUUUGCAACAAGCAAGAUCAUGCGAGGGUAAUUGGUUUCCACGUGUUGGGCCCGAAUGCAGGAGAAAUCACCCAAGGAUUUGGUGCUGCAAUGAAGUGUGGAAUGACCAAGGAGCAGUUGGAUAGCACAAUAGGAAUCCAUCCAGUCUGUGCGGAGAUAUUCACCACACUAUCGAUCACUAAACAGUCUGGUGCAAAUGCCCAACUGUCUGGCUGCUGAGGUUAAACCCUGCUGUUGUCACAGCUGCUGUAAUGGUUUGCUUCAUCUUUAACACUGUCCAGUCUGACACCUUCAUCCUCCCUCAGAGGACUGGUGUUCAUGGCCACCAGUAACAUUGAAGGGUCCCUGACAGUGAGAUGAUGUUGUUACCAUUGACAGCCAGUGCAACGGCAGGGUUACUGCUAGUUUCUUGAAGCAAGCUGAUGCAUUGUAGAGCAUCGCCCUGAUGCUGUCAUGAAGUUUCGGCCUGGAACCAGUUUCAAAUGGAAGGCUGCGAUGGAAAACUACAAGCACAGUCUAGCAACUCUCAGCGAUUCUGGACAUGGUCUUCCAAUACCAUUCAAACACAGACCAAAAUUAGAAGCAGGAAAACUUGUGUAUUUGUGUUGUCUGGGUUUGGGUGUAUUCCUUUUCAAAUAAUGGAAUUUCCUUUUUUUAAAGUCAUUCUGCACAUUUCCACACCUUGUUAGGUUUGAAUGAAUUUUUGUAUGAAUUGUUUAAUAUUGAAGCAUAAUAUAUUUACUCCAGUUCUGUGUUCAGAAUAAUGGGAGUGCAAUUGGUCUAUACCUCAGUUUGAUCUAUUGCCUGUUUUAACUCAUCACCUCUCCUCAAUAAAUGGCUAGUGUGUGAAACAAAGAUACUGUACUGAUUACCACCCACUUCAUGCUACAACCCAAUGCCAAUUUGAUCCCUUAUAUUGCAAGUUUUUGGGCAUUAAUUUUGUGCACCAUAUCCUAAAGAUAAAUGGACCUCUUCCCUCAAACAUUUCUGUGAUCAUUGUAACCUCUGAAGACUCUGCAAUAUCUUUCAGUGUAUCACUCUCCAGCAUAGAAAUUGGCCAUGACGUGACCUCAACUGGCUUCUAGAGCAGAAUGGUGGUCACUCUUUUAUGGGAGUGAAUUGACAGCAGUUGGACUGCCAGUGAGUCAGUUUGGGGUUUGUACCUACAGGGGUUGGUCCGCACCUCCAGCUAAAGUUGUGGCAAGUCUGCUGUGUCAGACUGGCCAGAGUCUAGAGCAAAGAGGCUCCCUUAGCGGUUAACACAGUCUCAGGUCUGACUUAAGAAUUGCUAUGUAAAACCUUCUUGUUUCAUGGCUGCUGUUGUAAUGUCAACUCUGCCUUAGGGUGCUGACUUUCUGUAAACUCUUGACCAGGUUGAACCACUUUGUACUAAUGUAUCCUUCUGUGCUCAGAGCUUGGGAAUAGUUUCUUUGCAGAAUGUCUGGCCUGAACUAUUUUAGGAAAACUAUUUAAAUGAAAAGCUUUGGAUCAUAAAUGCUCUAAUCCAUUGUACCUCAGAUUUUUCAGUCAUUGGCUUAUUACACUUGGUGCUGAAAACCUGAAUGUUCUCAACAUGUUGUCCCAGAAGCGCACAGAUCUGUGACCCUAGCAGUGAGUUGCAGCAUUUUAACAUGUAAAGCACUGACUACUGUAACUCCUAGUGGCACCAUUCAUGAGGAUAAAGGAUUAUUGAUUGGUGACCAACCAAUAUAUAUUAAGACACACAAUUUUCUAUUAUGAUUAAGAUUAGUAUUUCAUUGUAUUACUGUUGGCAUUGGUUCUGAAAUGAAUGUGAUUGACUUUGUAGAAAAUUAAAAUUGUUUUUGCUUCAAAAA